AUGUUCAUCACCGUCCUCCUCCUUGGAUGUACCGCCCUCUCUGUUGCGCAGAAUGACUCCUCCUCCUCCUUCUACACGGCCUCGCCUGAAUUCGGGAUCAUCCUCGGCGCGCACCCAAAGGUGACCCUCCUUGCCGAAUCCGACCAGCCCUUGUUCCAUGAGGGCGGCGUCUACUACCCGCCGACUAAGUCCCUCUUCGUCACAUCCGAUGUUGUGCCCGACCCAACGACGGAGAACGGUACCAUGCAGAUCAUCUCCCACGUCACGGGCGACCUCUCGAAUCCUGCCAGCGUGCAAGUCACGGAAUUGAACGCCACAAGCCAUGAAAUUCCCUUCCCACUAGGCGGCUACCGGUAUCUCGCCUCAUCGAAACUCCUCGUCUGGUGCGGCCAAGGCUCUCUCACACAGCCGGGCGGUCUAUGGUUCUUGAAUCCCGAGCCUCCGUACAACGCCACCCAGAUCACCUCCAGCUACGGCGCGUACGACUACAACUCGCCGAACGACGUCGCAGUCACCCCAUCGGGCGAGAUCUACUUCACCGACCCAAUCUACGGAUCCGACUACGGCUUCCGGCCCGACCCACUGCUCCCCAACCAAGUGUACCGGUACAGUCCGGCAACUGGGGCCGUCAGAGCUGUAGCAGACGGGUAUAUCCGACCCAACGGCAUCGGUGUCAACAAGGACGGCAGCAUAGUCUAUGUCAUCGACACGGGUGCUCAGCUAGGCGACACCAUCGUCCCCACGAAUCCGCGAACCAUCUACGCUCUCGACGUGCAGGGCCGAACCCAGAAUGGGACGGGCGGGCUUCUGGGAAACAGACGUCUGUUCGCGAUGCCCAGCCUUGGCGGGGCGAAGGGCGUCAAGACAGACACUCUGGGCAAUGCCUACGUCGGCCUCGACGAUGGCGUGUCUGUGUUUGACGAGGACGGCAAUCUCCUAGGCAAGAUUCUGAUCGACGAUGUGGCUAACAUCGGGUUUGGCGAGCCGGGCGUGCUGUUCGCCAUGGGACAGAACAAGCUGUGGAGGAUAGAUCUGUCGCCCGCGAUAAUGGGUUCGUCCUCCUUGAUCUGA